AGGCCGCUGUUCCAGCGCAGCCUCGUCCUCUUCAGCCGGAAGGACGAGCAGCGCAUCGGCUUUCUCGCAGCUCUGUCGCUGGGCGCGAUCGUCCUCGGGCUCAACGACAAGUGUAUCUGUAAGGUGCCGCGAUGGGAGGCCAACGCGUACCUCAACACCCACACUGCGCUGUCCCUGCUGACGUCGAUUUUUUGCCUGGCGACCUACGGCAGCGACCAGCCAGUCUUCCUGCGCGACCGUGCCUCGGGGCAGAACGUGUUCGCGUACUGGCUCUCGCGGCAGGUCGUCGAUUUGUUAGACCUUACGCUGCAGACCUUCACGUUCACAGCGCUGUACUUCGUAAUAUUCCAGCCGCGGGUCGGCUUCUUCUGGUACAGCGUGCCGUUCGACCUGGUCACCUGGGCAGCCUCGGGGUGGGGCUACGUCAUAUCGACCCUCGUGCCUCCAGAGCACGGCGCGUUCAUUACCGCGCUUUUGAUCUUUGUAGUUUGCGGCCUCUUCGGCAACCCCGCGAACCUCCAGUCGUUCUUCGAGAGCAAGACCAUGGAGGCCUUCGUCUCCUGUGUGUCCAUCACGCGGUGGAGCGUGGGGAUGAGCUUCCUGUGGGCCGACGAGAGCAGACCCGAGCUCAUCACCGAGCCCGUCGCGCUGAGCACCUUCAACAUGGAGUACAAGGCGUAUACAUCCGGAUGGGGCGGCGAAGACGACUAUUGGAACGCCGGCGUCACCGCCCUCGGCAUCAUGGGCCUCGUCGCUCCGCCCUGGGCAGACGCCAUCGGACGGGGGCCGGAGGACAUGCCUCCUCCCAUCCCGGCGGCUGUUCCUUCGUUUCGGCCUCUUGAGCUCGUCGCCGGGCCUUGGGACCAUCAAGCAUGGAUCUGGGACGCAAGACCACCCCUUGGGUGCUUCGGGCUGUGAGCUUGUUACUGCUCGAGUUCUUGCCGCGCAACCGUGCCGUUUGAACUGUUGUCGGGAGCUUUAUUGCGCAGCGGCACAGCGAUCCCGCUGUGGACCGGCGGUGCGUGUUUUUGACCCCGAGUUCGCACACAGCUUGCGUGGCUGAGCAGCUUUCCUGCCCGAUAAUUAAUCCCUGUCGCGGCAGCGCAGAUCCUCCCACGGCAUCCUCCCCCCAUAGGCAUUCGGUGAGGCUUUUUUUUAUCGCGACGGCUUUCUGGUCUCGAUCUCUGCGCUAUGAUUUGGAUCGGGGCUCGCAAGGCCGGCCGUAGACCAUGAGAGCGUGCUGAUUAUAUAUCGGCAGGUGGCGUCGCGCGCAAAA